AUGCCACCCCCACCUGAGCCUCGCCAGAUCAAAAGGCCCCGAUUAUCGCUGAGUUGCAUUGUCUGCCGCCGUCGCAAAGUUCGCUGCGGCCGCGAACACCCGGAAUGCGCCAACUGUGUCCGGAUGAAGGAGAAUUGUGUCUAUAAGACUAUGGUCCGCGAUGAGUUUACCGGCCGCGUACGCCAAGUAUCUCCUCCUCCUGUGCCUCAGGGUGAUAACCCCAAUGGAUCGGAGUUUUGUGCCAACCGUUCGGAGGAGCGUACAGGAGGAUUUACUUGGUCGCACUGGAUGUCACAAGGCUCUGGCAAUGUAUUAGAUCUCAGCGAUGAGGCUCCACUUCCGCGUCCGACCAUUUCUCCUGCUUCUGCUCCUCCUCCUCAGAGACGCUCUACCCAAGCCAAAUGCGACGCUAGCUCUGUUCCUCAUCCCCACCAUUCUUCCACUAUACUCACUCCGGCGCCAUCAAGCCAUCCGCAGGUGGAUUUGGUAUAUCCGACAGUACCUUCCUGGGAAGAGGCCAUCCAGCUACCCGAUAACCAUCACGCAUCCUCUCGGGCAGGAACAAGCAGGACGUCGAGUGUCUCCCAGGAUGCUUCCCCAGCGGUCUCAGAAUCAGCCAGAGCGCCUUCUACAUCUACAAGUCACAGUGGUCUACUUAGUCCUGAUUAUCUGAGUGUACGACGGGGCGCACGUGUACGGUAUAUUGGUCAAGCGUUUUGGGGCUUUGUGGCCGGGAAAGAAACCCUGAGCGAUGAUUUCUUCGACUGCAACCGUGAUGCCUCAACGGAACAGCCUCUGACACAUAUAUCCUCUUUGGGAAUGUUCAAUCUAUUACGGUCCCUACCUACCAAGCCCGUGAGCGAUGCCCUCCUCGAUGCCUUCUUCUUCGCGGUGUGGCCGCUUUCUCCUCUGGUGCAUGGCCCGACUCUACGGGCGGACUACGAUAAUUUUUGGGAAUGGUGUCGCAACAGCGAUAGAGCGUUACCCCCAGAAAAGGUCCGCGAUGACCCAACCUUUCUCUGCCUUCUCUUUGCCAUCCUGUAUUGUGGCGCAUCCGCUGCACCACCGACCAGCUGGGCAUGCACCAAUCUGCAGAGCCUGCGGAAGGAAACGACCAUCAAGCACUUGAAGUCGGCCUAUACGACAAGUCUGUCUCUAUGCCAGCAUCUCGAACACCCGACAUUGAACACGCUAGUGUCUACAUUGCUGACUGCACCGUUCUUGGACAGCCAUGUUGCGCCGAUGCGCAAUAUGGUCUCCGUCGGCACAACAGUCCGCAUCGCCCAGAGUAUGGGAUUGCAUCGAGAAGGAACUUGGUCAUCUUCAUUGAGCCCCGUAGAUCGGGAAAUUCGUCGCCGGGUCUGGUGGUACAUCAUUGGGCUUGACGUACAGUCCAGCAUCUCCACAGGCCUACCCCCAUGCUGUGCUACCGAGGCGCUAUAUAUUGUCAGCAUGAUAGCUGAUACACGCGAUGGAGAUAUCGGGGUCCUUUCUAAUCAUCGUUCCCCGGAACCAGUCCCUCGUCCUUCGGCGCAGUCCUUAACCGUGAUACUCGCCAUAGCGCGCUCUGAAACGGCGCGUCUGCAAUCAAAGAUCGUGUCGCGCCUGCAAAAUGGAAGACGUCUAGCUCAGACUGAACUUACUGAGCUUGUGGCGUCGGCGAAAAAGCUGCAACAGAAGCUUGAUACCUUGAUUGCCCGUGUCCCUUCACAAGGGAUUCCUGAAAAAGGAUUUAUCCCCUCCCGCUUAGCCAAAGCAUCUCCAGUCACUCACCCAGCACUUUAUAAGGAUGAUGGCACUCAUCCAACUGUUUUCUCCACUUGGACAAGAAUUAUGUUGGUCCUUCUCAAAUUCGAGGUAGCUGUUAUUCUACAAAAGCCUUUCUUACCUGCCCCGGACAGUGCAGAUCCGCAAUCAUGCAGGGCAUGGACCAGCGUGGCACAUCUCUGCGUGAGCUACUUGCGUAUAUUCCUCCAGCUCUAUCAAACCCCUGCCUUCUCCCCCUACGUAUGGUUUUGCUACCGACACUAUGGACCUCUGCAAUGUGUGUUUCUUAUCCUCGUGUACCUCCAUACCUUUCCGGAAUCAGGUGACAUCGUGCUGGCUCGAUAUUGCAUCGAUGAAAUCAUCGACCACACUGUAUCCCAUUACCAAGUCCCGCAGGAUUCAUUCGGAGCAACUCGUGCAGACAAUCCGGAAUCCGAUGAAGGCUCAACGGAGGACCGAAUACCCCUGGCUAUUCAGGUUCUUGUUGACCUCCACAACCGCCUGCAUUCGCACCCGAAGUCUGAUAACCAAACCACUGACAGGUUGGAUGAAAAUGAAUAUCAGUUCUCCCCAUACUCCCUCGAACUUGGAAUUCAGGGUACUGAGGAGGACACAAUAGACAAGAGCAUCUUCUCCUUGCCGUCUUUGUCAUCUUCGUCCUCCAGAACCCACAUCCACCGCAAUCAAGAGGCCCCUUCUACGACUACUGCACCCCAAAUGCCUUCUGGCACCAAGCAUGGACCACCGAGUAGCGUGUUUGUCGCAGACAGCGACGGUGGCUCGGACCUGGACAUUCUUGCCAGUCUCUCUGAUUUUGAGACGUGGUCAUCCUCGUUGGUUGUGGACCCAAGUGAUAUUCUGGCACACCCUACUUCGAUGGCACCACACCAUCCCGUGUGAUGGGAUUGGAAGUAUCCCAGAGUCCGCCCACUUCGGACAAAGCAAACAUGCUUAGAUGACAAGCGAUACCAUCUUGAUGAAUUUAGGAUAAUACCCGACUAAAUGUAUGCGUCGUUAAUUUCUUGUAUUUCCUUUGCUAGCACGGUCAAGCUGAAAUCUUAACAGCGAAUAGAAUUGAGAGACAGAAAUCAGCAAGUAAAUGUUCCGCUAGCACCCACGGUAUUAGGGUCGUAUUGAUUUAGUGCAACUUUGCUUAGAGAAAUAAUGUCUGACAAUAUUGAACGCUAAGAUAAUCAAGCUAAC